GCUCCGGGUGCCAUGACACAGCCAAGCUGAUCAUACCAGCUGAAAUCCCAUACUACGACACCCGUACUACACCGAAGAAGGUGAUGCCAUUGCCGAAGCCAACGGCCCAUCUGCGGCCGAAGCCAUGGGGGAGGCCUUGAUCGACAAGCUGUACUCCUUUCAUUUCAUCUUCACCUGGAUUUUAGCUAUCAUUGUGGCGGUGAACUGGUGUUAUAUCUUUAAGCUGGCACUUCCGGAGUAUUCGGAGCUACUGGCACCAUGGGCCAUCUACACCGUUUUGGUGACCUUCUUGAUGCCCUUCGUGAAGAUGAGCCUUCUGCGGAUGCAACAGCAAGAUGGCUGGGGGAGAAAGAUGAAGAUCUGCCAAACGCUGCUGAUUAGUAUGACUGGCACCGUGGUCGGAACCAGUUGGGCAGGCCUUGUGGCUUUGGUUUUCCCCUACGUCUCCGACUUCCAUGCACCAGGACCCGUGGGGCUUACGCUGGCGCUGGCGGUGACCCUUGUGUUCAUUAUGGUUCAAGCAGCCCUCGAGCGAGCUCUGUAUGACAUGUCAGAUGGCACCUUCAAUGCUGUCUCCUUUGACAUUAUUCUGAAUUCUUUGUGGUCGUCAUUGGGCUACUUCUGGAACUCUGCCCCUUAUGCAGCAAGAGUCUUCCUUGAAACAUCCAUCCGUUUCUGUGUGGAACGAGAGCUUCACGAUGUACACCAGGUUUGGAACCGCUUCCUAGUGACCUUCCACAAGCGCAACCGGAGACCGAAGAAACCAGCCGAAUUCAUGGUGAGGCUUUUGCUGGAAGAUCAGCGAAAGGGGCCGAAGCACAAGUUUCAGACCAUCCAGGACCAGAUGAACGGGCGACCAGAUGAAGUGGACAACAAUGGGCCAGGCUAUCGGCCUUUGUUGGUGAAAGCAAUUCUCACUCUUUCGCUGUGCUUGGUGGUGCUCUACUUCAUCCCAGAGCCCUUGGAGACAGGACACCAGCGGAGGCUGGGGUGGCACCGGCGCCGGCUUUGGAUCGCGGUGAAGAUGAUGGCGACCAUCAUCCCAAGUUACGCGGUGACGGAUGCGGGCUUCUAUUUCGGUACACAACUGGUGGCCACCAAAACGGGCAGCGAGGCCCUAGGGCUCUGCACCGCCUUUGCCUAUGCAAUUCUGAUGACUUGGCUGGUGAUGUCUUUAGCUCGGAAGGUGCAGUGGCAGCCGCAGGGUGUUUAUGCUGGACGGUUAUUGGGGCUUGGUUCGUGGCUGGUGUGCUAUGCUUGGUGGUAUCCGUGGCAAGAGGUCCUGUAUCAGAUUCAAGGCUAUGGGCUGUGGAACUUGAACUUGGACAGCUCCGUGGAGGAAGCUUUCCAAGUUUUGCUGACUUUGGUGGGUGCCCUUUUCUUCACCAUCCUCCUAGGCAUCUCCCUGGCUCGGCUCGUGGACUGCCGCUGUUUGCUGGGGGGGUCCCCGGUGGAUUCCGCCCGCCUCAAGGAGCUCACCUCGCAAGACCUGCAGCUCCGUGCCUUCCUCGAGCGCUUGGGCCUCGCGCAGUCGUCCGACCUCAGCUCCUUGCAGCUGUCCCCGGUGGUGAGCACCGGCGAGGUCGGAGCCGACUGAGGAGGUCGUUCCGGGCUGAGAGAAUGGAUGGAACAUGGAGGGUGUUGGAUGGUUGGAAAGCAUCUUGCGGCGAGCAGGUGCCAAAAGGGAACGAUUGUUUGUCCCGCGUGGCGGUGGGGUGCCUGGGGUGGGUGUGUGUGUGUGUGUGUGUCUCUGUGUCUUGUUGCAUGGAGGAACAUGUGUGAUCACAUGUGAUCACCAUUUGUGGUUCAAUGUGUUUUGUUGCCAUGGUUUUGAGAGCGCACAGCCAUCCUCAUCGCACUUACCCCACUCACAGAAUGGAUUCAUAUGUUUGGGUGAAUUGGUUGGUGUUCAUUCAAUUGGACAAACUGGUAGCUGCAGCUUGGACAUGAGGCAAUUGGUAAUUUCAUGUAAGUUCAUAUCAUUUGGGUUUGUCCUAACACCUGCAACAGUCAGUAAACAAUUAUUACAUAUUAUUAUUACUAUUGUUGAACAAGGCCUCUACUAAACCAUCAUCAUCCACUGGGCCCAGGAAAGAGCGGAUAGACC